AACAAAUACAAGGAGGACCACCAGUGCCGUGCCUAGAGUAUUAGGGGUCUAAGGCAAAAUUGUCCAAUUUUUUAUUAUAGGUAAUAAUAUAAAUUCUAAUACUAGUCUAAUAAUAAUUUUUAAUACAACAUCUAAAUAAAAGUUGGUAUUUUGUUAUUUUAGAUUUUGAAGUUAUUUUAUAAAAGGAAAAUUAUAGAAAGUGCCAGUGGAAAUAUAAUACUUUUGAUGGGAAAAAAUAUAUAUCUAACUUUUAAACUGAUAAAAAAAACUUCAACGUACAAAAAAAAAGGAAAAAACUUGUGUCCACGACAAUAAGUGAAACCAGAAGAAAAAGUUCGAAUUAUUAGAAGAAAACAUAGGUUUUCUUUUACAGUAAGACACUAAUUAUAUUAUCAUUUUGCUAAUGACUACAAAAAUGGGGCCCCUAAAUUUCCUAAAACAAGUGGGGCCUGAGGCUAAUGCCUCAAAACUUAUACCAUUGGCACGCCUCUGAGGACCACCAUCUAUACGGCUUAACUAUGGAGACGUGUCUAACAUACAUCGGCUUAGUAGCAUGCAUGUGGUCCGAAUCUAAAAAGAGAGCACAAGACUCGUGUGUUCGACUCUGAGUCUCACGUACACGUUUGUACACAACAAAGUUCGAACCAAAUCAGCAAAGCCUUUCUGUUAAGUUUCAGUUCUCUUUAUUGUAGCUUUUAUAUACAUUUCACGCUACAUCCAACGGCUAUUAUUCGUUAGAUCUUGUUGUUAUCGUCUAAUUAUUCACCAUUGACUCUAUUCUCUCUAAACUAUAUAUGGGUCAUAGCUUAAGCCUUUAGAAAACCAUAAUGUUAAUUUAGUUCCAAAAUAUAUUCUGACGCAAAGUAAGAUCGUGCAACAAAAACCUAGGGGAAUAUUUAAGGUUUUUAAAAGGGUUUAAUAUGUUUAUAUAAAGAUGAUCGAUCGACCCACGUAUAUGACCUAUCUAAUUAACAUCUUUUUGUUAACAUCAACAAAAAUAUACUUUUGUAGUUAACGUAUAUUUAGUUUAACAUAUAAUAGAUAUAGGGGAUGCUAGUUGUUUUCUUCAUUAAUUUAUUUUUCUUGCAAAGUUGUCACAUAGCAAGCAAGGGAUAUUUUAUCAGAUAAUAUAUGUAUAGCUAUAUGCAUAUCGACGAUAUAUUCUUUUACAAUUCGUGGAUGAUCACUAAUAUACUUAAGUAAUGAGCUUGUUGUAUAUAUAUAGAUUUUGGAUUCGAAUUAGAUAAUGUAUAAAUAAUAUGUACAUGUUGGAUUGGAUCAUCCAAAAACAUAUAUACCUAAUACCAUACUCCUUUGAGUUGUGCUUGUGUGCUAAAUCAAAGGUAUUAAUUCUUAUUUUAUUUGUAUUUGUAUUUUGAUAAAGGUGAAAAGGUGAAAAAAAUAGACGUAAGGAAGUGAAACUGCCUCGUGCAUAUGAGAAAAAGGACGUGAGACAACUAAAGGUAAAAGGUAAGUGAGAGUCACCGAAGAGUCAUGCCAUCUCCAUGUGUUCACAUUCCACUUUAUCAUUUAUCUCCAUCGUUUCUACAUUAUUGUCUCCAUAUUUUGAUCAACUACGUUCUUUUCUUCUAAGAACCUUCAAUUGCUUGACUGCAACAGAAAAUGCAGUCCUCUUUUGCAAUUAUAUAUGAAUAUAUGAUACUUAACAAUUAGGCCAAAUAUGAAAAUGUAAAAUAAAAGUCCAGAUCAGUCUAGGCAAAAAAGAAUCUCUACCAUCAACUAGACAAGUAAUUAGUAAUUUUGUAUUCGCCAAUAUUGUAUUCUUGGGAAAAAAACAAUCAUAAGUUUGUUGAGUUUGUGUGCCUGACAUGGGUCCAAGUUUGUGAAAUCUUACUUGUAUAUUAAUUUAAUCCAUUAACUAGUACCACCUGCAUUUAUCUAUUAUACACAAGCACAAACAUGACACAUAACAUAAAUAUUUAGUAUUAUGUAAACUAUAAAAUAUGCGUUAUUAAAGAAAUUACAACAUGAUAAUUUGAUUAGUUGGAGAAGACCAAUGCGCUUAAAGAUAUUUUAUGUCUUGUGUUGAGGCAUACUUAUAUAUCUUUCUUAUAGUAACUACAUGUAAUUAGUUAAUCCAAGUAGCGUGUGUUCAAAAAAAAAAAAAAAAAAAAAUAAUCCAACUAGCUUCUUUUGAGUUUUGUUAAUCCAACUAGUUUCUUUUGAAUUUACAUGAUGGCUAUAAAGUUAUAAGAAUAUUAACAAAGUUCCCAUUUUAUUAUUCACAUAUGUCUAGUUCAUAUAUACACUUUCCACAUAUAAAAUCAUUUAAACUGAAGAAUAAUGAUUUUAAAUAUUUUUUUUUGUUCUUACUAAUCAUUUCCAAUUUCCUCCUAUAUAACCUUGACAUAUCUCCACUUACUAUCAUAUUCACCAACUCCAUCUUUCUCUCUUCUAACAAUAAACCCUAAUAACUCCAAAAAUGGAAGCCACCAUCUUCAAGAAAACAAGGAGCUCAUCAUCAACCCUAGCGAUGCAUAAACAGUCAUACUCAAUAACCAAAACAAAGCCAAAGAUCCGUAUAAUUCAUAUAUAUGCACCUGAGAUCAUCAAGACCGACGUUGCCAACUUCAGAGAGCUCGUCCAAAGCCUCACAGGCAAACCAGAAGACCAUGGCGUUUCCAAAACAAAACCAAGAAGAGGUACUCGUGGUCAAGUCCAAGACAUGAUCAACAUGGAGAAGCUAAGAGAAGCCGAGCGUUGUGAUGAUCAAGGGUUCUGCUCAAACUCAGAGAUGGAAGAGAUGUCGAUGACUUGGCAUGGUGGUAAUAACUGUGGUGAGAGCUCAGGAGGGUUCUUGAAUGGUUUUGGAGAUUUUGGAGGGUUUAUUCAAGAACUUGGUGAAUUCCCCUAUUUGCCCUUGUCUUCCAUGGAUGCUUCUGCUUCUUCUAACUCGUCUUCUUCCUCGCAUUUACAUGGUGGAUCAAUUUUCUCAGAUUCUCAUCACCAAUUCUAAUUCUUGUCUCUUGACAAAAGAGUUUUUUUCUUUCUUUAUAAAUGGUGUCUAUUAUUUUCUUUAUUAGAUUUUUGUGGAAAUAAAUUUUAUUUGUAUUUGUUUAGUACAGUUAAUUGAAAAUAAAUUUUAUUUGUAUUUGUUUAGUACAAUUAAUUGAUUUUAUGUAAAGCUUAAACUCCUUUUAGUUUCA